GAUCGGUUGAAGACGAAGCGUAUUCCGUCCGUUCCUUGAUUUUUGGAAGGCCCUCCUUUACACUCGAAAGAGUCACUACCUGCACACGAUGAUGUCGUGGUGGAGAUGCUUCCUGCCGUUGAGCUUGUUCUGGAUGCUGUGGUCCCACGAAACCGUCUGGGAAGUCUCGGCCGAUCGGAUGGCACCCUCACUAUCUACGACUGCCGCCCGGACCUUUCUAAAAAAUGUUCCAAAUGGUUGGUUGCGCUCCAUUCCAGCACUCUCCAAGCGCCACCCCGGUGAUAAGCGGAGCGCCUCCGCAGUAGAAGUUUCCGUGACCACGAAACGAAAACGGCCGCGCCCACCGAAAUUAGACAUUGACCUGGAUAGGAUUGAUCAGCAUCUGUCUUCGGCGGGUAUUUAUUACGGUUUAACACCCUCCAAAGUGAAAGAUCUAGCAUCUACUCACAAUCGAAAGCCUCGUGUAACGGUGGAACAGACCAUGACUCUUACGUUGGAAGAAUUGAGGGGGAUGCGUUACGAAAUGGAAGCGCUUAGGAAAGAAUUGCACGAUAUGAGACAGAGUAUGAUGGGAACAUCGUCUUCCGGAGAAACGCCCAGCGUCGAGGUAGAUCCACCGAAAGGACCGCUUUCUAUUAUGGCUCGGAAGAAGCGACAAAGAGAAUACGAUGCUAUUGGAGCGGAUGUGGAACGAUGGGCUGACGAGCUUCUCUUUGAACAAGACGGCGAGGUCGACGGCUGGACGGAAGUCCAGUGCAAUAAAGUGAUGAGGCAUAUGAACUCGCAAGGACGAACCAGAGCCUACCUGAAAUGGAUGAAGGAUUCUCGCGGUCCGCACGCUGAUCUGAAGGACGAACGAGAAUAUCCUUGUCUCAAAGCGUACGCUACCAUUGACGCAACCUUGGACGAAGUGUGUGCCUAUCUGGCACAGGAGCAAAAGAUGACUGACUACAAUGAUUUGAUAUUACGCCAUGUAGACGUGGAAGAAGUAUCCCCGCAUUCCAAGAUUUGUUGGGGACAAACGUACCAAAUCCUUUUUAUUAAACCUCGAGAGUUUCUAACAUACUGUCAACAUCGAUGGCUGCGUGAUGGCACACAAGUACUCGUCAAUCAAGCUUGCCACAGCGAGCCUUCUAUUCAUCUGGACGAAUCCAAAGGCAAAAAUCCAUGGGCCUACGCACUAAGAGGUGCCAGUUAUAUUGGGCGCGAUCCCGAUGAUCCGGAAAAGACUCGUAUAUCUAUGGUGGCGCACGGCAGUCCCGGUCCCGACAUUCCGAACUGGGCCAUGAGGUCCGCCGUCAAUGCGGUUGCACCAAUAGAGCCAUUCAAGUUAUUUCACAAAAUCAAUCAGGGUGUUCAAAAGGCCAGACCCGAGUUAAUUUCUCGAUUGGACGAGGCUGAAAUGGUGUCGCAGCUCCCGACUGGUCGGAGUCCGCGUCCCGCCGGUAUGGCACAGCUCGGAUAUGCUUGUUUCUGGCCUAACGGUGGUGGACUAAAGGAAGGGUGGUCGCAUUCAACACAUUCAGAUCAAGUUCACGACUCGUCGGAGCACAACGACAAUGCUACUGGGUCAUCGGUUCCGAGCCGCGACGAGCGGUCGGAGGUAUUGGUCUCGGCUUCAGACUAAGCCUUUUUUUCGAGUCACUCCUUGCCUGCAUGUAUCAAUAGGAAAUUGAAAUAGAUUAUCACUUCAAAGCACC